GGAGGCCGUGCCGCGGAUGCCGAUGAUCUGGCUGGACCUGAAGGAGGCCGGAGAGUUCCCCUUCCAGAGCCCGGUCCGCCAGUUUGUCCUGAAGAACUAUGGGAGAACCCCGACACCUACAGCGAGGAGCUGAAGAAGUUGGAGCAGCUCAGACAGAGCGCGGUGAACGUUCCCAGAGACUUCGAAGGAUGCAGCGUGCUGCGGAAGUACUUUGGCCAGCUCCAUUACCUCCAGAGCCGCAUCCCGAUGGGGGUGGAGCAGGAGGCAGCCGUCCCUAUUACAUGGACAGAAAUCUUCUCUGGGAAGUCGGUGACUCACGCCGACAUCAAGUAUGAGCAGGCCUGCGUCCUCUACAACCUGGGGGCGUUACACUCCAUGCUUGGCGCAAUGGACAAGAGAGUCUCAGAGGAGGGGAUGAAGAUUUCCUGCACUCACUUCCAGUGCGCCGCCGGAGCCUUCUCCUACCUGAGAGACCACUUCUCCCAUUCCUACAGCGUGGACAUGAGCCAUCAGAUCCUCAAUCUCAAUAUUAACCUCAUGCUGGGUCAGGCUCAGGAGUGCCUGCUGGAGAAGUCCAUGCUGGAUAACCGGAAGAGUUUCCUGGUGGCGAGGAUCAGCGCACAGGUCGUGGACUACUACAAGGAGGCCUGCCGGGCUCUGGAGAACUCAGAAACGGCCUCUCUGCUGGGGAAGAUCCAGAAGGACUGGAAGAAGUUGGUGCAGAUGAAGAUUUAUUAUUUUGCUUCCAUCGCUCACCUGCACAUGGGAAAACAGGCAGAGGAGCAGCAGAAGUACGGAGAGCAGGUCGCCUAUCUGCAGAGCGCUCUAGACAAACUCAGCGAAGCUGUAAAACUGUCCAAGGGUCAGCCGUCCACCGUCCAGGAAGCUCUGCGCUUCACCAUGGAUGUGAUUGGAGGAAAGUUCAACUCUGCCAAGAAAGACAACGAUUUCAUCUACCACGAGUCCGUCCCUGCCCUGGACACCCUGCAGGCUGUGAAAGGGGCCCCGUUAGUAAAGGCUCUUCCUGUGAACCCCACUGACCCCGCUGUGACCGGACCCGAUAUCUUCUCCAAGCUGGUUCCAAUGGCGGCACACGAGGCUUCCUCUCUAUACAGCGAAGAGAAAGCCAAGCUGCUGCGAGACAUGAUGUCCAAAAUAGAGGCCAAGAAUGAAGUCCUGGAUCAGUUCACAGACUCUCUGCAGCUCGAUCCGGACACGGUGGACAAUCUGGACAUGUACGGCCACAUCCCUCCGGCCCUGAUGGAGAAGUGCGCAGCGCUGAGCGUGCGGCCGGACACCGUGAAGAGUCUGGUACAGUCUAUGCAGGUACUGUCGGGGGUGUACACCGAUGUGGAGGCCUCUCUGAAGGACAUCAAGGACCUUCUAGAUGAAGAUGAGAAGCAGGAGAAGGUGGUGCAGGAGGAGGUCGGAAAACAGGCAGCGGCAGUGGCUCCCUCUUCGCCUUUGGUGGUGGAAGUAAACAAGGAGUGGACCAAGUACAUGGAGGUGCAUGAAAAGGCCAGCUUCACCAACACCGAGCUCCACAAAGCUAUGAACCAGCACAUCGGUAACCUCAGGCUGCUGAGCGGACCCCUGGAUCAACUUCAACAGGCACUUCCUGUUCCCAACCUGACCGAGGAUGACAAGUCAGUCCUGCAGAACCUGAAGCGGAUCCUGCACAAGGUGCGGGAGAUGAGGGAUCAGCGCCUUUCUCUGGAGCAGCAGCUGCGGGAUACCAUACAGAAAGACGACAUCACCACUUCCCUGGUCACCACCGACCGCUCCGAGAUGAAGAAACUCUUUGCAGAGCAGCUGAAAAAAUACGAACAGUUGAAGGUUUACAUUGACCAGAACUUGUCGGCCCAAGAGAACAUCCUGAAAGCCCUGACCGAAGCCAACGUGAAGUACGCACCGAUACGGAAGAUCCUGACGGAUGCCGAACAGAAGUGGAAUCACACCGUGCAGACUCUCAUCUCUUCCUAUGAGGCCUAUGAGGACCUGAUGAAGAAGUCUCAGGAAGGGAAAGACUUUUAUGCUGAUUUAGAGAGCAAAGUCGCCAAACUUCUGGAAAAGACUCGAGCGGCCUUCGAAGCCUCACAAUCCAGCCGGCAAGCGAUCCUGGAACGGGAGAUGAAAAAGAAGCCUCCUCCCCGUCCAACGGCCCCUAAACCAGCGCUCGAGAAGAAGGUUUCCGACAUGGACCUUGAGAACCUUCCUGCAGGUGACCUGGCCGACUUACAGAAGUUUUCAUCCCUCUUCUUUUCGGACCUCCCAGAAGAGCUUAGGAGUUUACCACCUGAUGCCCUCGUCGCCCACCUGGACCGGAUGACCGCUGAUGCUCUUGCUGCCUUUCCUGUUGGGCCGACAGCUGCAUACAGGGGAAUGAGGCCGCCCACGCCAGACCCUUUUCGUGGUGUUAGAACCGCUACCGCCCCCAUGCCAGACCCGCUUGCAGUGCCUUUCAGCCAGGCUCCUUUUAAUGUCCAUCCCACGCCGUACCACCCAGGAGCUGGCCAUGCCUUCCCACCCAUCACGUAUAACAAUAUCCCUCCUGUGACUUCAGGAACUGCCAUUCCUCCACAGUUCAUGCAUCCUUCUCCAGAUCAGUCCAUCGCACACGGACAAAUACCAACCUCUUCUCCUUCAAGGAUUCCAAAAGCGUAUCCAGCAGGGGGGCCUGGUCAGCCAAACCUAGCAUCGGCCCCUGUGGCACCAGGGUAUCUGCCGGCAGCUGGGCCACCGCAAAGAACUUCCCCACAGCAUAUGCCAAUGCCUGUCGCGGCGCAUUUGGCAGCUCAGUUUAAGCCAAGUGCUGCAGCGGCAUAUGGGGUUGGUCCACAUGUUCCGCCUGUAGGGAAUCUACCCCCUCCCUUUACCCAGGGUGCAGCUGUUCAACCUCUAAACUCCAACCAUCGGUUCCCUAACCAGAUGCUGCCAAACAAUAUGCAGCCUCCAGUGCCGCAAACCAUCCGACCUGCGACGACAACCGUGGACAGUAUUCAGGGGCCCAUAUCGAGCUACGCAGCCCCGCGGUUACCAGGAUCAGCCCCAGCUGGAGGAGCUCCACAUGCCCGUCCCUUGGGUCAUCCUCAAAGUGGUUAUAUUGGAGCCCCUGCUCCUCCCAUAAUUGGCCAGACCCCUCCUUUUCCAUACCCACAAGGUGGAGUUCAGAAUUACGUUCAGCCUCCUCCGACACAUUUAUCUGCUGCUCAGAUGUUUCCUAUUCACGGUCAGGCACAGCCUAGACUGGAUACGCAGGUCCAGUCACAGCCCUUACAACCACCGUAUGGGGCCCAGCCUCAAUUUGCUCCUCAGAUGAGGCCCCCUAUACAUCCACAGCAGGCUACUGCUUUUCAGCAGCAAGGACAGCCUCCGGGAAUGCCUCUCAGUACCCCAUUGCCUCCUCAGCAACAGUUUCAGCAGUUUCCAAUGCAGCCUCCACAUGCUAUGCAGCCACCAGGUUCUGUAGUCCAGCCUCCACAUCCCGCUAUGCAGCCACCAGGUUCUGUAGUCCAGCCUCCACAUGCCGCUAUGCAGCCGCCAGGUUCUGUAGUCCAGCCUCCACAUGCCGCUAUGCAGCCGCCAGGUUCUUCAGUGCAGCCUCCCCACACAGCUGUGCAGCCGCCACCAUCCACCAUUCAUCCUGGCCAUUCAAGUGUACCCCCACCCAGUUCUGUUUUGCAGCCUCCACACUCUGCAGUGCAGCCCAUGCACCCUGGCGUGCAAGUUCUUCCACAUUUAGUGGGGCAGCGUUUUUUCCGGUCGCAAAGAACGAUAAUCCUCCUCAGCCUCCCCUUCUUACGCCGUUCUCUGGCGCGUUUCCAAGAGCGUCUCCCCAGCCGCUACAGCCUGUACCUCCACCUCUGAGCCAGGCUACACCGCAUAUCCUCCCACAUACCAUUCCAGCAGCUCAGCCUCUACCUCCUGGAUCAGCCUCCCAGAUUACACCAUCUAUGCCCUUUGCUGCUCCUGUAAGACACACUGUUCCCUCUGCUAGUGGUAUCGGAAAUUCAAUACCAACAGGACCUCAAAUGCCAAUCGGAGCACCACAGGGUGCAUCCCUGCCUCAUCACAUACAGCCUGCCAGCAGCCCAGCUCUCAGCCAGAUUCCAGGCGCUGCCAUUGUUUCGGGGGCUGCAGCCAUCCCAUCUCCUGCACCCUCUCCACAGCCGUCCCUGGUUGUCCAGCCACCGGCAGUCAUUCCUUCAGCUGUAUCAACCAGCACGACUUUGCCUCAGAGACCUCCCCCUUCUCUGACUCCUGGAACCACACAUUUAGGCCAAGGCUCUACAGAACCCGUAUUUCAGAAGCAGAAUUCCACCACCGAUGAUCUCCUGUCCUCUAGUCCUGAAAGCCAACACGGAGGUUCCAAGACAUCAGUAGGGCAGCCGUUAUUACAACCAACCAAGGCCGACGCUAAAGACGGGCAGAAACCCAAAGGCAUUCAACUGAUAGAGAAUGACCCAUACGAGAAACCGGAGCAUGUGAUGAGGCUGUUGUCUGAACUCGAUCGCUUCCGAGUCGCGGUGAGCGCUCUUGACAAACCAGUGCCUGGUGCUGCGACUCAACUUGACUCCAUGUGGAAGGAGUUCCAGGAGGCUCAGGAAAAGGAGGCCAGGAACCUCUCCAUCGCCAUUGCUCGCUGCUAUACUAUGAAGAACAGACAUCAGGACAUCAUGCCCUAUGACAAGAACCGUAUAGUCCUGCAGUCGGGGAAAGACGACUACAUCAAUGCUAGCAAGAUCGAAGAUCUAUCUUCUUACUGUCCCACCAUUAUCGCCACCCAGGCCCCGCUUCCAGGGACCGCCUCCGACUUUUGGCUGAUGAUUUAUGAGCAAAAGGUGUCACUGAUUGUUAUGCUGGUGUCCGACCUGGAGAUAGAAAAGCAAAAAGUUGUACGCUACUUCCCCACCGAGCGCGGCCAGCCCAUUCUUCAUGGACACGUCACGCUGACUCUGACCAGCCAUAAGGUGGCCGACACGCACGUGGAGAGAGUCAUCUCACUGCAGUACAAAGACCAGAGCCUGAAACGUUCCAUCAUUCACCUCCAGUUCACCUCCUGGCCGGAGCUAGGACUCCCGGAUAGUAAAGGAAACCUAUUGUGGUUCAUCCAGGAUGUUCAUAAACACUACUUGCACCAGCGCCCCCUUCACAUGCCCAUUGUAGUGCACUGCAGCUCUGGUGUGGGAAGGACGGGGGCCUUCUGCCUGUUGUAUGCCGCCAUGCAGGAAGUGGAGGCCGGGAACGGCAUCCCAGACCUGGCUCAGCUGGUGAAGAAGAUGAGGCAGCAGAGGAAGCACAUGCUGCAGGAGAAGAUACAUCUGAAGUUCUGCUAUGAGGCAGUUCUGAAGCAUGCGGAGCAAGUUCUGCAGAGACAUGGGGUCUGCACUCCCUCCUCUAGCAGGCCACAUCAUUCUUCCUCUCAGAAGUUGUACUCUCUGCAGGAUCCGCAGGACCUUGUGCUCGGAGGGGAUAUGCCCAUCAGCUCCAUCCAAGCUACCAUUGCCAAGCUUAGUAUUAAGCCGUCUUCCGGCAGCCCUGAGGCCACCAACCAUUAUCAGCCGCCUCUAAUCCCUGCAAUAAGUGAACAAGCAGCACCCGAGUUCUCUCAGACGGUUUUUCCUCCAAGCUCUUCCCAGCCGGAUCUCGUCACGCAGACGUACCCGGAACCGGCGCCAUCUCCAAUCCCUCCUCAGCCCACUUCCAACGGUCCUGCUGCCGACGUCCCCGUAGAAGCAAUUAACCAUCAUGCAUCGGUCUCUGAAGAUGUGGCGGCUGGACCAGAGGCCAGCAACGCUCCUGCCGCACCCUCAUCGUCCUCUCUGAACCUGCUGGCCUCUCUCACCCCCGAGGCCUUCAACCUGGACUCUUCCCAGCGAGGAAAGCAGAAGAUGAACAAGCAGAGCUUCCUGCAGCCGCAGAACGACGGUGGCCUGGCCCGGGCAAGCAAGGCUGACGAUGACCCUCUGAGCAUGCUGGACCCUCUCUGGACACUCAAUAAAACUUAG